ACGAACAAAUUUUCAAGCGGGGGCCAAGUGAUUCUUGGCUUCUUGGCCAGCUUAUCUGCCUUUGUCGACACGCGGUCAUCUUCGGACCUCAGAGCGUCGCCUCUUGCCGGGGCUCUCUUAUCGGUACGGCGCUGCCCCGCGGCCCUAGCUUCGCUUCCAUCCAGCCGCGUCUGCCGACUGGCUGAUAUGGGUGCAGAGAGCGUGUGACCAAUGUGGGGGCGAACCUCUGCCUCAGUGCGAAUGCGAAUGAGAUUAAGACCUUCUUGUGGCGGGACAGUUUCUUUCUGUUCUUCUUUCCAUCACUACGACGCCCUUGAUCUCUCUGCGCAACACCAUGUCCGACCACGACGACGAGAAGAAGAUGGCCACCCACGGCGCUAGCGGGAGCAGCGGUAGCGGCGAGGCCUAUGAUUCCAAGACGGCCAUGGCGGUCAUCACAGACUCGCCCUACUCCCCUCCCACCACCUCCAACACGUCUCCCUCCUCGGCCCCAGUCAUCAAUGCAAAGUCAGUAGAUGAAGGUGCUGCACUCAUGCUCGAGUACGAGUCCGAGCUCCAAAACGUCACUGAGGAUGAAUACAACAAGCUGCGACGCAAAAUCGACUGGCAUCUUCUCCCGCUCAUGCUGGCCAUGUACAUGAUCCAGUUCUGUGAUAAGACUUCCUUGGGGAAUGCGGCCAUUCUCGGGAUCAAGCAGGACAACCACUUGACCCAAGAUAGGUUCAAUCAGUGCUCGAGCUUUUUCUACAUCGGCUAUCUCGUCGCCGAGUACCCCGUGAACAUCCUGCUACAACGCUUCAGAACGGGUCGCGUCCUCACUUUCGCCGUCUUCAGCUGGGCACUCCUCAUGCUCGCUCACCUGAGCAGCAACAGUUUUGCUGGCCUUCUCACGCUGCGGAUCCUCCUGGGUGUGGUCGAGUCGUGCGUCACCCCCGGCUUCCUCGCCCUGACCAGCUCCUACUACAAGUUCGACGAGCAGGCUAGCAGGGUCGGCUACUGGUUUUUGAUGAAUGGCGCUGCGAUCAUUCUGAAUGCCUUGGUAGCUUAUGGCGUGCAGGGUGUGCACCUCGGCGACUGGAGGCCGUGGAGGGUCUUUUUCCUCAUUCUCGGCCUGAUGACGACGGUCCUGUUCGUUCUCUACUUCUUCUUCAUGCCGGACACGCCUGCGACCGCCUGGUUCCUCUCCCCUCGCGAGCGCGCCAUGGCAAUCAAGCGUGUUUCUUCGGCGAACCGCACAGGAACAAAGAACAAGCAUUUCAAACGCGACCAGUUCGUGGAAGCCCUCCGUGACCCCAAGAUCUACCUCUUUGCCCUGUACGCCAUCUUCUCCAACAUCCCAAACUCCCUCACAGUCCAGCGAAGCAUCAUCAUCAACCAACUCGGCUUCGACACCUUGCAGUCGGCCCUGCUCAACAUCCCCACGGGAGUGCUCGAGAUCAUCUGCAUCCCCGCUGCGACGUACCUGGCGCGUAAGUGGAAGAACCACACCGCAGACGUCAUGGCGCUCUGGACCCUCCCCUCCCUCGUGGGCGCAAGCAUGCUCAUCGGCCUCGGACAAGACCACAAAGUCGCUCGCCUCGUGGGCGUCUUCCUCGCUCCCUUGAACACCUCUGGCUUUGUGCUCAGCCUCGCGUGGUGCUCGGCAUCCAACUCCGGCUCGACAAAGAAGAGCGUCGCAAACGCGAUCCAGCUCAUCGCGUACUGCGUGGGCAAUCUUGCUGGCCCGUACAUCUGGCGAGCAGAGUACGCGCCGCAAAACAUCGUGCCGUGGGCCAUUGUGCUUGUUUCGUACUUUUGCUGCAUUCCUACCGGAUAUGCGCUCAAGUGGAUCAUGAGCAGCGAGAACAAGCGCAGGGACGCUCUUGCGGCAGACGGAGCUGGUGUGGCUUCAAAGGAGGGGCAUGAUGUCAAGGUCAGGCUGGGCGGCAGCGAAGGCGAGGGAGGUGAGGGAGAGAAAGCGGCUGCUGCUGCUCAGUCCCCUGAUGAGGCGGGCCAGCCAGCCGUCAAGCUGGACACUGCGCUACUCGACUUGACAGACAAGCAGGACCUACACUUCCGCUACCCCUUGUAGACGCUCGCGCUUUUGUAGAAUCGCAAUUGAGCAUCAUGACUUGAGACUUGCCGCUUCGAAUUAUC